UGUAGAGUCAGCAGUGGGUUAGAGACGCCCUCCUGGAUAGCUGUACUAGUCUCCUCUGGACUCCGUACAGUACAGACGACCGCAGUCCUCCAGGCUCCCUUUCCUGGUUCCUCCCUCCUUCCCAUCCUCUCCCCCUGUUGUCCCAAACUUCCUCCCUCCAGGGAAAAACUUUGCCGCCUCCGCUCAAUAGAGAGGCAGAAAGUUGGGAGCGCCUCAAAGAAACUGAGCAGGACCUGUGUGGUCGCCGACGCCUCAGUCGCAGUUUCGGAAUAGGGGUGCUCUGAACCCCAACAGCUCACCUACGGCCAAAGCAAGGAGCCAGAGAACUCAGGAGGAAGCGAGAGUGCAGCACUGCCCUCUGUGCCCCAGGAUGCUCGCGUCCCGCCAUGGCCAUGGUGCCCUGGCUGCCUUGGCCUCCCGCUUCCUGAUCACCCUGCUCGGGACUCCAGGUCUUGCCAGUAAAGAGACACUGAUGAAACCAGAACUGAGCAUUCUUGGAGAUCAAGUGGUGAUCCAGGCUGGUGGAAUAUUUGACAUAACCUGCAGGGGAUCGGCUGCAAUUACCUGGACCUGGGGCACUGGGUCUAACGGGAGUCGGGCCCGCAUCUUGGAGCACCCCUGCUCUGAUAAUCCCCUUGUUACUUGCAACCAGCUCACCAUCUUCCACACAGAAGCUGGUGACACUGGUUACUUCAUAUGUAGCUACAAGGAUGUUGCUGACAUCAAGGAUCCUAUUGGCAAGGCCAGUGUAUACGUGUAUGUCCAAGAUGACAAGCAGAUCUUUGUGCAGACCUACAGUGAUAUGCCACUGGUGAUCACUGUGUUUACUGGAACCCAAGAGGUGGUUGUGCCAUGUCGGGUCACUUCUCCUGAUGUCAAUGUCAAGCUUCAGUUGUUACACUCUGCCACAUUCAGCUAUGCAAGCCAAAACUGGGAUCCCCGGAAAGGCUUCACUGUGACCCGACCCUCCUACCACUUCUACAGCAGCAUGCUCCAGUGCAUUGCUGAAGUCAAUGGGAAGACACACAGGUCAUUGUAUCUCCCACAGCGUUUGGAAACCAAGAGAGAAAAUAUCUCCAUCAGAUACAACCACCAGAGACUUCUAAUGGGAGACACACUUUUCCUGCAGUGUGUUGCAGAGACCACGUUCAAUGGACGAAUCAAACUGAACUGGGUGUUUAAUCGGCAAGAUUCCAAGACAAUACCCAGGUGUUGUGAAGUGAAAAGGAACUUGUAUCAAGGGUCCCCUGUGUACAAAAGCUACAGCAACUUGACCAUCUGGAAUGUAACUAUGGAAGACAAGGGUUUGUACAUUUGCAGGGAAGACAACAACAAUGCCCUGCAAGCCAACAUCACCAUCACAGUGUACAAGAAAGGCUUCCUCAAUGUGAGUUACAAGAGAAGACACAUUUAUGAGGUGACAGCUGGGCAAAGUAUGUUCAAAAUGGGAGUAAGGGUGGAUGCUUUCCCUCGCCCCAAUAUAACGUGGUUCAAAGAUGGAAAGCCACUCCCAGUAAACCAUACCUUUCAGCCUGAUCCUCUUAAGUACAAACUCACAAUACCGGAAGUGAAUGUAAAGCAUGCUGGGAACUACACUUUUGCCCUGAGCAACACCAAACAUGGCCUCUACAAAAACUUAACCAUACAACUGAUUGUCAAUGAAAAACCUAAGAUCUACGAGAAGGAGACAGAUUUGAAGAACAUCCAGCCAGUACUCCUAGGCAGUGAGAACAUCCUUCGCUGUACAGCAAGCGGUCUACCUUUGCCCUCCUUCAUGUGGGCCUGGGAGCCCUGCAGCCAUAAAGAUGAGUUGUGUAUGGAACGGGGCAAGCGGAUCCAGCUUUCCAAUGUGACUCUGAAAAGUGAUCUCCCUACAGGCAACAGGAUCCUGUCCAUUGAGGAGAUGGUAGUAACAAGUGGAGAAAAGACAAAGACUCUGAGCACGCUGACCAUAUUGACCAGCAACAUUUCUGGUAUAUACUACUGCACAGCUGUAAACAAGGUUGGCACUGAUGAGAGAAGCAUACAAUUCUACGUCUCAGAUGUGGCUGGUUUCAUGGAGGCAGAACCCCUGGUCUCAAUGAUCGAGGGCUAUGAUGCUCGGCUCAAAUGCAAGGCAGCUAAAUAUAUCUACAAUCAUCUCGCUUGGUUCAGCCCCCUUGGGGAGAAGUUUCCUGUUAUAGACACAGAAACCUUGAAAAAUAACUACUCCAUCUCACUGACGCUGGUGAUUAAGAAUGUGACCCAGAAGGAUAAAGGGCAGUACAAGUGCAAGGCUUGGGCCCAGAGGAACAUCACCAAAAUGAUGCAACAUAAUACUCAGCUCUUAAUUAGAGAAAGAGUGGCUCCAUUCAUUAUUGAGAAUCUCACCAAUAUUGAGGUCAACAGCAGUGGCAAGAUUUUGCUGGAUUGCAAAGUGAAUGGAACACCAUGGCCCAAGAUCGACUGGUUGAAAAAUGGAGUUCCUGUUCUCCCUGCUUCAGGAAUCUUCUUUGAGAACAACACCCUUAUUAUUGAGCGAGCCAAGAAAGAAGAUGAGGGCUUAUAUCUGUGCAAAGCAACCAAUGAGUUGGGGGAAGUCAGCACAGCAGCUUUUAUCACUGUGGAAGGCUCUGAAGAGAAAUCCAAUAUUGAAGUCAUCAUUCUUGUUUGUACUGGCCUUGCAGCUACCCUUUUCUGGCUUCUUCUUACCCUGGUCAUUCGCAAACUCCGAAAGCCCAGUGUGUCAGAAACCAAAACUGGCUACCUUUCCAUCAUCAUGGAUCCUGAAGAGAUGCCCCUUGAUCAACAAUGUGACAGACUUCCUUAUGAUGGCUCUAAAUGGGAAUUCCCUAGGGACCGGUUACAGCUGGGCAAAAUCCUCGGCCAUGGUGCCUUUGGUAAAGUGGUAGAAGCCUGUGCAUUUGGCAUCGACAGAGCUUCAACUUGCAAAACAGUGGCAGUGAAAAUGCUUAAAGAUUGUGCUACUUCCAGUGAGUUUAAGGCUUUGAUGUCAGAAUUGAAGAUCCUCAUUCACAUCGGCCACCACCUUAAUGUGGUUAACUUGCUGGGUGCCUGCACCAAACCUGGAGGUCCUUUGAUGGUCAUUGUAGAAUUCUGCAAAUAUGGAAACCUGGCCAACUUUCUUAGAGGAAAGAGAGGAGAUUUUGUUGCUUCCAAGGCUCUGAUCAAUAUGGAUAAAAAUGUGAAGAUCUUUCAUGAUUCUGACGGCAAGCCCACCCAGCUGAUUAAGCACCGUCUGGAGAGUGUGGCUAGCACAGGAAGUUCUACCAGCUCUGGCUUCAUUGAAGACAAGAGCUAUAGUGAAUCUGAUGAGGAGGAAGAAAGUAACCGCCACCUUUUGGGGGCCACAAUAACCCACCGUGUAGACUCAAAUAAUCUCUACAAGCACCCUCUCACUUUGGAGGACCUGAUCUGCUAUAGCUUCCAAGUGGCCAAGGGAAUGGAGUUCCUCGCUUCCAGAAAAUGCAUUCAUCGGGACUUGGCUGCUCGGAACAUCCUUCUAGCUGAUAAUAACAUUGUGAAGAUCUGUGACUUUGGUUUGGCCAGAGACAUCUACAAAGACCCUGACUAUGUCUGGAAAGGAGAUGCAAGACUCCCACUUAAAUGGAUGGCACCUGAAGCCAUUUUUGACAAGGUUUAUACUACUCAGAGUGAUGUGUGGUCGUUCGGAGUCUUGCUGUGGGAAAUAUUCUCUCUGGGUGCCUCACCAUACCCAGGAGUGCAAAUCGAUGAAGACUUCUGCCGUCAGCUGAAGGAGGGAACACGAAUGAGAGCUCCUGAGUAUUCCACUCCUGAAAUCUACCAGACUAUGCUUGACUGCUGGCACAAUGUGUACACCCUGAGACCCAAUUUCUCUGACCUGGUUGGGCGUCUUGGAGAUCUUCUUCAGGCCAGUGUUCAACAGGAUGGCAAAGACUACAUACCCCUCAAUGGCACUGGUGGAACACCCACAUUCAUGGCCCUGGAUCCUGUACAAGAAACCAUAAGCAAUAAUAUCACCAUGGAGGCCAGCAUUGAACCCCAGAAGGAUCAACUGAUUGGGUCAUUUGAUGAGAUGAAGAUGCCCAAGGAAAAUAAGGAAACUGUACUUGAGGACAUUGAAGGGAAUUAUGCAACUGUGCUGAAUUGGGAUGAGAUCAAGAGCCAGAAACGCCUGGAAAUUCACUCCUGGCCACAUGGGAUCAUGGCCUUAGGCCUGAGAACUGUCAGCAAGAACAACGAGACCAUUCAGAGGGAGACUGAGAUGGAGUUUGUAAAAUACCACUCAGCCCUUGAGCUUGAAGAGGAAGACCAGAUGAAAGAGACUUCCCUCCUACCACUGGAUCCUACCCUCGAAUGCCACAGUCCACCACCCGACUAUAACUCUGUGGUCCACUAUAGUAUUCUACCCAUGUAAUCUAAUACCAGUGCCCUUCCUUUGCUGCCCCUUUUCAAACUAAUCUCUUUUUGCCUCAGAAAUCCCCAAUUCUUUCCACGUCCAGGUCAUAAUAACAGAAUUACUAACUUGGGACUGGAGAAUGAAAGAACAUCUUGACAGAGAAUCUCUAUUCUUCACACCUUUGGGGGGUACAGCUAGCCUAAACCAGGCCCCCAGGCCUGAUAGAGAGACAACAAGAUGUUCAAUCCCAUUUCUUUUCCUAUUAAACACCAGUUACCCUACUUGGGUGUUACAGACCCACAACAGCACCUUCAGUAAUUCCAUAUGUAACCAUUCCAACUUGGCCCAUUAUACUUCUAUGAGGGCCACUAAAAGGAACAAUCUCUGUUGACCCCUCAAAGACCUCCAGAGCAUCCAAUCAGGAACUUUGACCCCAUCAUAUUCAGAUCUUAACAAUCAGCCUCCAAGCAGGGCUUCGUGGACUUUUACCUGGAUAUGUUUUCUUAGAAACAAUUAAAGCAGCCAUUGUUCAGACCUAAAAUCUACUAGGGUUUGACAGUGGAAGUAGUAGACAGCUCUUUGCCUGCAAUGUUUCCCAUGAAGCGUCUAACACUCCACAGCCUCCUUUGCAUUCAAGCAAUUUCUAGCAGCUCCAAUGGGAGUUGGGCAUGCCUUGUAUAUUUAGGAUAUGCUCCACAUACACUGCCAGUAUCAUCACCGUUGUGUUGUUCCCAUGCCAGAAAACAUCCAAUCAGAUUCUCUGGCUAUUGCCCAAUACUGAUGUGGAUUUCAAGAACACCAUGACUUUAAUAUAUAAGCCCCCAAAUCCACAUGUCAGGUAAACAGCAGCACACAAAGUGUAUCUGCAUGGACUCAGACAAAAGAAAUGAGGGGAGGGUUUGUACCUGCUGCCCUUCCAGAUUGGCCUGCACUUCUCCACUUCCAGAAAACCCCUGUAGCUACCUCUCUGUUGAAGGAGGAACCUGUAGUUCUCCUCCUGGGGGCCAAGGGUGAUUAUGCUAAAUACUGACACUAUCUGUAGUCUCCCCUUUCAAAAGCAACUAUGCAGUUGAAUUACAUCGAACAAGGCAGUGCCUCCCAACUGCACCCUAAACCAAAGAUCAUGAAGCUACCCCAGGCUAGACAACAUGCUCAUCCCUGGAUUGCAUGAGGAGACUAUCCACUGACUUUAAAAGUGGUGAGCCUCUUCCUCUGAUUCAUUUUCAUAGCAUCAGGGAAAAGAAAGAAGCAAGCAGCAUUCUACAAAAAUGAUGCCCUGAAAGACACUCUGGUUCUUUCCUACUUCCCCUUCUGUAAACGGGAAAACUAAAAACCAGAAAAGAGAAGGGGUUUGCAUGCAUAUUUCCUGACUAUUGCCCAAUGCUUUCUACUGUUUGGACGAUGUAGCCACACAUGUGCAUAUAUAUAAACACCUGCUAAUAUUAACAAGAAUGCCACUGGAAGAAACCCCAAAAAUAUUUUUGUUUUUUUCCUUUGCUUUCCUUUUUGGCUAGCAUACACCCAGAAAAUAUGUCUUCCUCAUGGAAACAGAGGCCUGGGUUUCUGCUCCAACUACUCCAAUCUCUUCUGUAGUGGCCCAAAGAAUCCCAGAACUGCUCAAACUCAAUUUUCACUUGUGGCCCAAGAGCGUUAGUGAUGUAAAAGGCAGUGAAAGUCAGGCUAGGUCCAUGUCCUGUCUAUUUAAGAAGUUUGUAAAACUGCCCAGACACACAGGGCUAUAAGCCCUAGAAAAACCCUGGUUUGGGGAUAUUCAGAACCAAGAGGUAACUGCAAACCUUUUUACCUGCCCGUGACUUAGCCUACUGACAAUACUAGAAACAUCUGUGCUUGGCUCAACAAGUAGUUCCACGUGUGUGGUGGAAGAAAUGGGGGAAUCACCACCAGCCUCCAACCACUGUGUUUCCCUGUAAAUAAGACCUAACCAGAAAAUAAGCCCUAGCAUGAUUUUUCAGGAUGACAUCCUCUGAUCAUAAGCCCUAAUACAUCUUUUGGAGCAAAAAUUAGUAUAAGAUCCAGUCUUAUUUUCAGGGAAAUACAGUGCUACUAAGGUGGUCCUCUUCUUCCAGCUUUCUUCAGGAAGUGGUUAUGUUGUGGCUGUGCUCCCAGGAAAUGGUCUGAAUAAGCUUUGCCACUGACUUAACUAGAACCUGUGAGUUGAAUGAAGUAAGCUACCACUAGGAGGUUAUGGUGAAAGGCCAAGCCUUGUUCCUUCCUCUUGCCUGUCUCUGCUGAGGAAAUGAUGGGUCUAGAGAUAGGAAGAAAUUGAUCAUCAUUUGGACACCUAUCCAGUGAGAAUUCCCAGUUGUCCCUGAUGGUUAGCAGCUUUGCUCUGGGACAGCCUUGGCUAACACAAAUUAUGCAUAGUGGAAUACCCAGGAACAGAGUCAAUGAUACUCUCGUCACAUUUCUGAUUUAGCUUAACUGGGGGAAAGAGUCUUUCAAGUGUUCAAAAAAUUCUCCAGUAAUGUGCAUCGUUCGUCUAUCUAGUGUUUUAGUGAAGAGAAGCUCAUCCCAUAAUUCGUUCAGCAAGAAGAUUCCUCUUUGGCUGGACAUGCUUGUAUUGCAUCUACUUUAUAAAAAGUGUUUCCUCGAGGCAGAUGCUGACCAGAACUUUCAACAAGACUUCAUGUAGCUACAAAGGCAAUAUAGACAUCUUCAGUAAAUUCCAAGGAUCCCUCACAAGAUGUCUCAGGAAAUAUAAUUUAUGAAGAAAUUACCACAUUCCUCUCCAUAAGAUUUCAUGAUGGGAUGCUUAGACCAGCAAACAACAGUAACAUUUUAAAGUGUUAAACGAACUAAACGUUACUCUGAAGUUCCAGCUUUUGAAUUGAUAUCAUUCAUACUUUAUCUUGUUAGUAUAAUUAAGUCUGGACUAGCUGUCCUAGAGCAAAAAGCCACUUCAGAGUGGGCUGCCUUGGCCCAAUUACUUAAGGCAAUUGCCUCCACUUUUUCACUACUGUUCUCAACUACUGAAGAUCUCUUUUGUCUCUGUCCCCAUUCUCCACUGUACCUCAUAUUGUGCCAAGGCCAGGGAAGAUAAGCAGUAAGGGAGGCUCCUCACUUCUGUUUACCCCCUGAAUGGGGGGAAACCUCCAUCAAGAAUGUCCCUUCUCACCUGAAGGGUGGGCAGGUAUCCCAGCCCUCUGCAGACCAUGGUGAGCAGGUACAGUGAAGCAACCAGCAUUCCAUUAUCUAAUUGAAAUAUUCUUGUCCACAGCCUACAGUGGAUACAUUACCCAAAUGUUACUGUCUUUUGUUGAUAUUUUACUAAUCUAUUGUUUUAAGCUUAACUAUUACUCCUUCCAAUUACUGGAGUAUAUUUUUAUGUACACAUAUACACAUAUAUACAGAAAUGAUGUUUCUAACUUGUUAUGCAAAACCAAAAGUUGCAUAUUAUUAUGGCAACCUUUCUGCAAGUUGAACCACCUCUCAUGCAGAGUGAACAAUGGUUUUCAAUAAUAGUUCCAAAUGUCAGACACCUCAUUCCUCUCUGGGAAUUAUGAGACCAUAUCUUCUUGCACUGAGCUGCUACCCGUGCUCCAGGUUGAGAAAAUGUUCUGUCAAGCUCUAGGUAAGUUUCACUCUGCUGAUAGCUCCCUUUUAUCCAAGAGGAUGAGAAGGGGAAAUGAAGAAUGGGUUAGUAUUGACUCUGUUACCUAUACAGUUACUUGUGAGGUUGGGGAGUGAAACUUGAAUUGUUAAGGGAGUCCAACUAACCAAGUUUCUCAGGGAUUGUUUCAUGGCCCCCAGGAGUAUUUCUAGUAACUUGUCUUUCUCUAAUUUAGUUGGUAAAGUCUCAAGAUCUUGCACGAACAUGAUGGACUUUUCUUUGUCACAUUCUCUGGACUAUUUAACUUAUUAUUUCCAGACCAUGGGAACAACAAAGGCCCUUAGGACUUGGGGACACUUUUGACUCUCCAAAUGAAAAUUCUGAGGCCUCCAAUAUCCUUCUUAGGAGAAUAAAUGCAUAGCUCAUUGAUAAUUGCUCUUAUUUGCCUAUUUGGACUCCUGUGUAUCUGUGAGCAGCAGACUUGUUAGGGAAUCACUCCCAGGAAUUGGCAAAGGUGAUUUUGCAUGGCUGGGAAGGGUACUUUGGCUAAGAUGCCCCCCUCUGCUCUGCAGUUCUACAAACACUCACCACCUCCAAGAGGCCCUCUGACACCAAUAUAUUUAUUCAUGCCAAAAGUAGCUGAUAACAGAUAGGACUGGUUUGCAUACAGAGUACUAAUCUCACUCUGGUAUGGUCACCAGCAGCUAGGCUGUGCUUUGUUUCCACAGUCCCUCCAUUCCCCAUAGACAAUGUGAUUCCUCACAGAAAUCCAUUCUUACCUCAUUCCUACCUCUCUAAUCUUAUCUCUUGGAAGGCAUUUGAGGCGAGUUAUUCAAAGAAAUCACAGACCCCUCUCCCUCUGGCAUCCAGAGAUACACUUACAGCUAAGGUAGCAGCAGUAGUGCAACCACAGGGACAUGGCUGGCUGGCCCUGCCAAUAAGUAGUCUAAUGCAAGACUUCAGUUCUUUGAGACAUGGACCUACUCAUCUGUCUCAAAUAAGUCCUCACUGUAUUAUUCUUCCUCUCUGAAUUAUGUAAAAGGCCCAUCAACCUUUGGGGCCAUCCUACCCUGCUUGUAUUUCCCCCCUACCAAGAGGAUGCCAUUCUGAACUGGGACAACUAUUCCCCUUAGGUGAAAGAAAACCAUUUGCUCCAGAAAUAAGGUAACAGAAGAUUGAUAGGACGUUUUUGGUAGCGGAUUGUCCUUUAACCCCUACCUUGUAAUAUCGAAUUUUCAGUUUACCACACAGAGAAAAUGGGAAGCUCUCCUUUGGACUAAUGAUACUGCCAUGCGAAUAAGGAGGUGGGCAGAGGGCCCUGGCUGGCCAAUGAAUGAAGGUCAGGAUAGUGCAAUGUAGGGCUCAACAAAUUUCCAGCUUUGAUAAAAAAUUCCACUACGUAAAAAGCAACCCUCUCUCACAUUUCCUUUGUAGACCUUGCUCUCCCUAACUACAAACAUGCCAGAAAAAUCCUAAACCUAAAUAAAUCCCCUAUAGCAUACAGCUUUUCCCUAGCUUUCCCCUUAGCCAGAUGGAGAAUGUACCCAUGUGAAGAAAUCCUCCCCUUCCAUAAAUUGUAUCUUAUUAUUAUGUAAUCAAAUCAUAUUGUAUCUUUUAUUUUAAAUAUAGAAGUCUAUAUGU